CAAUAUAAAUUUGAGGACUGAAAUUGAACCCCCAUACAUGGGGAUGCACUGCUGAUCCCCCAUCUCACCAACCCGCCAAAUUCACAGCUACCCGCCAGAUAUUUAAUCUUCUUUAAUAUUUUCACUUCUCAAUCUCUACAGCAGAAAGCAAGCUUGUUUCUUUCAAUCGGAGUUCACCAUAAUCAGCAUCUACCAGUUCAUCAUCUCAAGAAAAAGCUUCAUCCCACUCAAAUUUCAAGGUUUAUCACAAUCCUCUUCUCUCCUCCCUCUUUUAAUUAAUUGUUUUUUAGGUAUUAAAAUGGAUAUUAUUAUGUUUUGUAUGAAUUGAUUUUGAUAUCAAAUACUCAGCUAUAUGAUUCAGCAUCUUGAUUAACCUAGUAUUGAAAGUUUAUAAUGUGAUAAAUUAAUGUUUUGUGAAAAGGAAUGGAAUCACAAGAUCCUGGACAUGGGUAUUUUACUGAUCUUUUAAAUGAAGAUCAUGUACUUGAUGAUUCCUCUUAUGUUUGGCAAAAUGAAACAACUCCUGGGAUAAAUGAUAACUCCCCACCGUUUCCUUCUAAUGAAGAAAUUAUCAAUAUUAGGAAAUCAGUUAGGGGAGUAAAUUUUACCCCUGGAGAAGACAAGUUACGCGUCUCUGCUUGGUUAAAUACUAGUAUUGAUGCUAUUCAAGGUACUGACCAGAAGCACUACCAACUGUGGGGUAAAAUCUUUGAGUACUUUGAGCAAUAUAAAGAAACCACAAAUGAGCGAACAGUAAAAUCUUUGACACAUCGAUGGUCAGUUAUACAGAAGGCAACAAAUAAAUUUUGUGCAACACUAGCUCAAGUUGGUCGAUUGAAUCAAAGCGGCAUGACUGAGCACGACAAAUUUGAAAAGGCAAAAAUUAUGUACAAAUCGCUGGAGAAAUGCAACUUUCAAUUUGAGCAUUGUUGGAACUUGUUAAAAGACCAACCUAAAUGGAUUGGGCAUGCCACUAAAGAGGAUCCAAAGCGAAGGAAGACUGUCUCUCCAGUCCCAAAAACCAGUCCAUGUUCUGCAGGUACAGAGGAUAAUGCAAUCGAAAAUGAUAUAAUUGAAUUGGAUCGACCAAUUGGAAGAAAAGCUGAAAAAGGAAAACGUAAGGCUCUGGACAAACAAAUAGAGGAAAGUGUCCAACUCAGAAAGUUAAAGUAUACUCUUUUGGAGGAAUCGCGUGUUCAAGAGAAAGAGUUUUAUCGUCUAAAGGCCGAGAAAAUGGAAUAUGACAAAGAAGAAAGAGGAGAAAAAAUUGCAUCAGGAGGACGAAAGACUAAAGUUAGAACGUGAGAAAGUAAAACUUGCAAAGAAAGAAUCAGAUCAACGCAUUAUGAUGAUGAACUUGAAUGGCAUGACAGAUAUUCAAAAGCAAUAUUUUCAACAACUACAAAAGGAAAUCAUGGAAGAGAAUGAUGCACCUGUUUUGGGCUAACAUGGAACAAUGCCAUAAGUAUAUUUUUGCCUAUAAUGUAUAUAUCAGAUAUGAUAUAAUAGGUUUAGUUUGUUUAUUAUAAAUCUAACAUUACUGCUGGGAAUGUAAUAGCCAUUGGUGUUCAAUUAGAUCUUCUUGAAGCUGGUGAUGUGCCGCGCUAUCUCUAAUAUGAUGAUGACGCUGAAUGAAAUCUGCAAAGUCUGUUGUAUGAUUGCU